UCCUAAUAUAUCUCAAAUACUCUCAAAUACACUUGUUUCUCUUGUUCCUUGUGCUGAAUUAAAAUGAAAUAAAAUCGAGAGUAAAAUGUUCGUACACAAUAUUGCGGAUGUAGUGAUCCUCCUCACUGGUACACACGAUCUUCGCUUUGACGUUACGCCAAAGCGAGGGCAGGCAGGAAUCCCACAAUAGCAGGCAAAGGAGUUUUUUUUUUUUUUUUUUUUUUUUUGAGGCAGAGCUGGGCUGGUGGCUGUUUCAAUCAAAGGAAAGGCAGAGAGGGAAGGGAGGCUCUGCGGAGAGAUGUUAAGAUGGCAGAGCUACAAAUGUUGUUAGAGGAAGAGAUUCCGGCCGGUAAAAGAGCGCUCGUGGAGAGUUACCAAAACCUGACGAGAGUAGCAGACUACUGCGAGAACAAUUAUGUCCAGGCCCAGGACAAGAGGAAAGCUCUGGAGGAAACCAAAGCCUACACCACCCAGUCCCUGGCUAGCGUGGCCUACCAGAUUAAUGCCUUAGCCAACAAUGUGCUGCAGCUGCUGGACAUCCAGGCCUCGCAGCUGCGGCGCAUGGAGUCCUCCAUCAACCACAUCUCUCAGACGGUGGACAUCCAUAAAGAGAAGGUGGCCAGGCGAGAGAUCGGGAUCCUGACCACUAACAAGAACACAGCAAGGACUCAUAAGAUCAUAGCGCCGGCCAAUAUGGAGCGGCCAGUCAGGUACAUCAGGAAGCCAAUUGACUACACUCUACUGGAUGAUGUCGGCCACGGCGUUAAGUGGCUAAAAGCCAAGCAACAUGGAAACAAUCAGUCGAUCAGAGGAGGAACACUAUCGAGGACCAAUCCGCCGACGCAAAAGCCGCCCAGUCCGCCGAUGUCCGGGCGUGGCACGCUUGGACGCAACACGCCCUACAAGACCCUGGAGCCAGUGAAGCCGCCCACGGUUCCCAAUGACUACAUGACCAGCCCCGCCCGACUAGGCAGCCAGCACGGACAGCAGCAGAGCCCCGGGCGCACGGCGUCGCUCAGCCAGAGGCAACGCACGCACAGUGGAAGCAGCGGGGGCAGCGGCAGCAGGGAGAACAGCGGCAGCAGCGGAAUUGGCAUUCCCAUCGCCGUGCCUACGCCCUCCAUCCCCAACUCUGGACCAGUCCCAACCAUGCCUGCUCCCCCGGGAGCCCCUCCGCCUCCCCCACCCCCUCCUCCUCUACCUCCACCUGCUCCUCCUAUGGCCGGGAUGGCCCCUCCAGCGCCACCACCACCGCCGCCACCUCCCAUAGCUGUGGCCCCUGGACCUGGUCUGGGACCCGCUCCAAUGUCCCAGUUUGGAACCAUCUCGCGGCAGAUUUCGCGGCACAACUCUUCCAACUCCUCUGUCUCUAUGGUUUCGGCCACGGGCACCUACCGGCGGGCGCCGUCGGUCACUUCGCAGUUCUCCUUGCAGCAGCAGCAGCAGCAGCAACAGCAGCAGCAGCAGCAACAGCAGCCUCAUAUUAAUGGAGGCACUCCUGGCUAUGGUCAGAACUCAAUGUCUGUCGCUCCUCCUCCUCCCCCCAUGCCCCAGCUGACUCCACAGAUACCUCUGACUGGCUUUGUGGCCAGGAUGCAGGAGAGCAUUGCAGAUACUCCUACUCCACCUCCCCCUCCUCCUCCGGAUGACAUGCCCAUGUUUGACGACUCGCCACCGCCUCCGCCGCCUCCUCCGGUGGAUUACGAGGAGGAAGACGCCGCAGUCGUGCACUACAACGACCCCUACGCCGAUGGAGACCCCCAGUGGGCUCCCAAGAGCUACAUCGAGAAAGUGGUGGCCAUCUACGACUACUCCAAGGACAAGGACGACGAGCUGACUUUCAUGGAGGGCGCCAUUAUUUACGUCAUCAAAAAGAACGACGACGGCUGGUUCGAAGGCGUGUGCAACGGCACCACCGGCCUCUUCCCCGGCAACUACGUGGAGUCCAUCAUGCACUACGCCGACUGAAGGGACCUUUCAGUUAAAGUACAGCAUAUUUAUUCAGUCAUAUCACAAUCCACUGAGAGACUGACAGCGGAAAUCCGACUCCCGAGAUGCAUAACCACGUGAUCCCCCGCCGCCCUUUUUCUUUUGAUAUGACGGAAUGUUUUUUCCCUUACUGAUUGCAAAUAAAAUGACAAAGGUAUAUCUAUUUAGUUAAUUUUGGUGUUAUGGACAGGUGGGGAACAUUUAAGGAAUAUGUAAAAUAAACUUUUUUUUUUAUGAAUUGGACUGCACAUGCUCACACAGUUGAAGGAUGUACGGUGAGAUCUUGCCUGAACAAAAAACUUUGUGAACAAGAGUUUUUAGGUUUUGAUGGAACAAAUAAAAACGUAACGUAAGCACCUUCA